UACCUGAGUCAGUCUUGCUCCAGAUCCAGCCAGGUGCGCUCGUCCUUACCUGUCGCUCUCCACACCGGGCCCUCAGUGACUCGCGACUCUCAGCUCCUAUUGUGUGGUGUGUUGUGUGUACGUCAAGCCAUCGUCUGCCUCUCAUCUGCUCCUCCCUCCCGUGCACCUCUUGGCGUCUCUCUCCUCUCGUCCGUGGUGUUGUGUGGGUGUGUCGCCUGCUGCUGCUACUACUACUGUUGCUGCUCCUGCUGGUGUAUCUACAGGUGGCAUGAUGACCAAGUUGCUGCUGCUGCUGCUGUUGACGGAGGCGGUGGUGGUGGGAGUGAUGGGGGUGGAGGAGAUCGACUCACCCCUAGCAGAUGAGGAGGUUACAACAUCCCCACCUGAGGAACCCCCAACAACCCCAAUGAUUGACCAGGAACCAACCUCCUCUACUACUACUACCAUACCUGCUCCUACUACUACUGCUGCUCCUCUAUCUACUACUACUACAGAACAUAAUGAUGCUGCUUCUUCCUCUUCCUCCUCUUCUUCUCCACGUGUUAUUCUUCCCUCUGCGCUUUCCCGUCGUAAGAUUCCACUUCUUAGAUCAUCUUCUAUCUCCUCCAAUCCUUCUCCUAACCUAUCCUCCUCCUCCUCCUCCUCUUCAUCCCCAACUCUAGUCCUGCAAAAAACACCUGAUUCCUCCUCCUCCUCUUCCUCCUCUUCUUCUUCAUCCAUCCUCUUCCCUCGAAAAAUGCCGUCACUUUCCAAUCGCAAAUCUCUUUCUUCGUCCUCUCCAUCCACCACCACGACCUCCAGCCCUUCCACCUUGUCUUCCAGUGGUAGGGUAAGACUUUCCUCCUCCCGCGGCCGCUCUAUGUUCUCCUCCACCCGCUCCCUCCACCCCAUACCACGAGGAAGGUCUAUGUCUUCCUCACCAGUGCCAAGGAACCUCGCCUCGACCCCCACUGCUCGACCAAAGAUGUCCAUGUCCUCUUCUCUACGUAGCAGUGCUUCUGAGCUUUCUGAUGCCUCUCCUUUAGACCUUCCAGAAUCGUCCGACUCUUACUCGUCUCUAAAAGCUUCCUCUUCAAUCUCAUCUCCUUCUUACUCUUCUUCUCCUCCUCCACCUCCUUCAUCUACCUCCUCAGACUCCUCCCAAAGAAGAAAGUUCAUGCCUCUCUUCCCCUCGCGGUCCUUCCCUAUCAAAGCCCCAACGCCCCUCACCACAACCACCACAGAUGAGUCCACCACCACCACCUCCUCCCCUGACACUACCGAAGCUGCAUCUGGUCGAAAAUUUCUACGACGCUUCCCUUCUCGUCUUUCUCUCCAGCCAAAGACCUCUCCUACCACCCCCACCACCACCACCACCACCACCACCACCACCACCACCACCACCACCGCUACCACCACCACCUCCACUACCACCAGUCCAACCACCACUACCACCACCUCCUCGGAAGUCACCACAUCACCCCCGUCGUCUGGUGAAGUGGAGAGCAACACCACAGUUACCAGAACUACUCCUAAGAACUCCUUGGAACGCGCCACUAACCCUCCUAUCUCAAGAACUAGGGAAACUACCACCACCACCACUACUACUGAAGCCCCAGCCAGUGACUCCAACAGCACCAAUUCCUCCCUGUCUGAAUCCCCCAUGCCAGCGUCCCGAGAACACGCUUCCCGUACCGCCACCUUCAUCCCCGCCAGCAGAUUCCUGAAUUUGCCCAAAUCGCCUGCAGAGGAUCCGGAGCAGAUAGAAGAGGACGAUGAUGACGAGGAGGACAACUUGAUUGGGCAGAGUCCAUGUCCCCGCGGCAACCGAGGACUCGUCUGUAGGAGGAAGCUUGUUCGCAACGCCCGUACCUGCACCUCAGGCAUGUGUGGCCGCUGCCGUCGCGGCUGCUCCAACGUGUCACCCUCAGACUGGCCCACCUGUUGCCGCGACCACUUCCUUUGCUGCCGCCAGUUGGCCUCCGCUUGCCAGGACUGCAGCGCUCCGCAGCUGGUUCCCUUCUGCACCGCCGCCUUCAAAAAGUGCUACUAACUUCCAACUUGCCCUCCCUCCCCGCCCCAGGCUACUGGCUGGCUGUCCUCGAGGGUGGCAUCUCAUGAUGCCUUAAAAAGCUGACUUUGUCCUGGUGAGACAGAUCCGUCUUGCCGGACACCACUGGGGCACGCUAGUGGGUGGUGGAGGACACCGGUCCGCCCGCCGCUGCCCACACCGGCUCUGACGGACACUGCUCGCCGGGAACUUUACCCAGUGAAUGUAUUAUGUAUUUUCAUGCUUUUAUAAAGUAUGGAAAUACGCGCGAGGUCGGGUGCCCCAUCCCAGUGCCGGGCGGGGCCCCGCCUUGUUUACACAUAGUAGUUAGUGUGUCUCUCUGAACUCUUGAACCGGACAGCUGUUGUGCAGCGAACACACCUUAUAUAUAUAUAUAUAUA